AUUCCGACGAAUCAACGGUGAUAAUGGGUGCCCAGGAGGAUGAUCCAGGAUCACUCAAAUCCAGUAGAUCAAGUAAAUUGAAUGUUGGAAGUGGGAUCCUUCCUGUGGUCGAAAUUGAGUCUCUGGUGGAAAAAGCGAAAUUUUAUACAUCGUUAUGCCUGGGUACCACUGCCAUUUUAGCUGUUUUUGGCUUCCUCUUCCUCGUACCAUUUGUGAUUGAGCCUGCAAUCACGACAAUUCUUUCUGAUUUUACGCCAAUUCCAGUGGCCUGUGUUGUUACUGGGCACGUUUAUGCUGAAGGCCUCAGAAACUGUUCGUGGUCCAGUUGUAGAGAAGGAUGUACGAGUGCUGCUCUUCGCUGUCAUCAAAUCAAAGUUAAUUAUACGAAAGCAUCUUACGAGGAGGUUAUAGCGAAGCCAUUAGAAAGACACUGGGAUGUUGCGGAUACCAAGUUUUUUGUAAAUACGGAAGGAUGUGGAUAUCCUCCAAGAGUCAAUUGUUCUGAAUUUGCAAAAAAGUUCGGAUAUAGAAACAUGGGAAAAAUUUUUCCUUGUUACUACAGCAGGACCAAUCCAGAAACGGUCGUAGCGAGAUAUUCUUGGGAUGAUAAUUUGAAACAUCUCGUCUUGGCUUUAACAGUGCCUGUAGUAUUAUUUGGGGUUUCGCUUGGAGUUUUAUGUUUCUGGUACUGCCCACCUAUGAGCAAGACUUGCAGUAGUCCUGGAAGAAAUCUCCUUGAAAAGUACGACAGGAAGGAAGAUAUCCUGGAAGAGGACGGAUUUGAAGGAGAGGAGGAAGAAUACUGACUAUUACCCCGGGCUCACCUCCCUGCGAGAGAGUGACCCCGAAAGAAAUACUAUUAAUUUAAAUUAAUUUUCUGUUUCCCAAUUUGACUGUAGGCAAACUUAACGAUCAUUUGGCUUCCUCAUGGCUUUUUUACAAUCUGCUGACAAUCAGUAAUAUACGUUGUUUUAUUUAUAAGGAAUUUGAUCUCUUUCUUACGCGACUUUAUUAUUCGUGCUGAUCUACUUAACAAUAUAGAAAAAUAAUUAACUUCCAGUCUCGAGAUUAAUUAUUCUAAGGUUUUCUUAAGAAUAUUCUUCCUUUCAAUCUAAAGUAGAUUUUGAAAAAUUCUAAAUAGUUUUUCUUCUGUAACAAAACUUCUUAAUGCAAAUUUAUCGAUAAAUCUCUUUUGAAUCAAGAAUUAGAAAUUUCAUUAAUGCAUGCAUUUCAACUUCUUAACGAUAGCACAGCCACACAAAAAAAAGUGCGGAUA